UGUGUGUGUGUGUGAUGGUGGGUCUGAACUGAGUGCGCCUGAGGGGAGUAGGAGGAACCGUUGAGGAGCUCAGGAUGCGAUGGGGAACUGCUGGGCGCAGUGGUGCUCCGGCCUGUUCUACCGGACGGACGCCGGCCGGCUCCAGCGCGGCGGAGGAUCCAAGUAUUUUAGAACUCAUUCAACAGGAGAACACUUCACUAUAGAGUUUGAGAACCUGGUGGAAAGUGAUGAGGGAGAAAGCCCAGGAAAUAGUCACAGACCUCUGACUGAGGAGGAAAUUGCUGACUUGAAAGACAGACAUUAUGACUUCAUUGCUGAGAAGCAGAGAGUUGUUGAUAUGAAGCUUCAGGCAGAGUUAGCCUUAGAAGAGGAGAAGUUAAGACUAGAAGAGGAGGCUUUAUAUGCUGCACAGCGUGAAGCAGCCAGGGCAGCAAAGCAGAAAAAGCUUUUGGAGCAACGUAGACAGCAAAGGAUAACCCAGAGAGCACAUGCUAUUAAUAAUGGAGAAUAUCAGAGCUCAGUGGCAGAGGAAGGCCUCGAUUCUUUCUUAAGAAAUACAAAAUUCCAGUAUGACACUUUUCGCAGUAGUAGACUUUCAUCUGAUGCUACAGUGCUUACACCCAACACGGAGAGCAGUUGUGACUUAAUGACCAAAACCAAAUCAGUGAGUGGAAAUGAUGACAGCACUUCAUUAGAUUUAGAGUGGGAAGAUGAAGAAGGCAUGAACAGGAUGAUUCCAAUGAGAGAACGCUCCAAAACAGAAGAAGAUAUACUCUGGGCAGCACUGAAAUUCAAUAACAAGAAGAAAGGAAGUAAUCCAGCUUCAGCCUCUGACGAUUCCAAUGGAUUAGAGUGGGAGAAUGACUUUGUUAGUGCUGAAAUGGAUGAUAAUGGCAAUUCUGAAUAUGCCGGAUUUGUAAAUCCUGUGUUAGAGUUGUCUGUAUCAGAUGUAAAGACAUCUGUUUCUGAUUGUCAAGACAGGUAGUGAAACUGCAAGGCCCUUAUCUGUGAACAAAUGCUGGGAAGUGGAAUAGAAUGUACAAACCCAAUUCACUCUUUUGAAUGUGGUUCCCUUUUUCUUCCCAAUUGAGUGGCAAGGAGUGGGAAUGACUUGCUAUCUGAAUUAAUUCAGAAUUAAGUGCAAUUUCAUCAUCUACCUUCUAAACUUUUAUGAAAACUGGGAUGAUUCUCUUGUGUAUAUUUCUGGAUACCUGGAUUUAAUAUAAAAUUGUCUGCACUAAUUUAAGCUUCAUAGCUUGGCAUAUCUAUAUUUUAAGUAGCCUUACCCCCCU